GAGACUUACGGGUUUGACAAAAUAGAAGUAAGAGACAAUGGUGAUGGCAUCAAGGCUGUUGAUGUUCCAGUUAUGGCAGUUAAACACUACACCUCAAAAAUAAGCUCUUCUGAGGACCUUGACAGUUUGACAACGUAUGGUUUCCGUGGGGAGGCUUUGUCAUCAAUUUGCUGCAUAUCCGAGGUUUUGAUCACAACAAAGACACCUGAUGAUGAUUUCAGCAGUCAGUAUGCUUUGGAUAGCAAUGGGCAUAUAGUUUCUAAAAAGCCUUCCAGUCUUUGGCAAGGUACUACAGUAACAGUCUUGAAUUUGUUUAAGAAUCUUCCUGUAAGAAAGCAGUGUUACUCAGCAAAUAAAAAAUGUAAGGAAGAACUGAAAAAAAUCCAAGAUCUUGUGAUAGCCUAUGGUAUCAUAAAACCAGAGCUGAGGAUAACCUUAUCACAUAAUAAGGUAAUAAUGACUUUUUCU